AUGCCUGGUCAGUUUCGAAGUGCUGGGGACAUCCUCUUCACUGACCACCCCCCGAUGCCUGGUCAGAUCUCAGAUGUCCAGCUAAAGCAGUUUUCGGAGACGAGUAAUUUCCUUCAGUGUUUAGAACCGCUGACUCCAGACAAGCCAUUCUUUGCUGCUCAAAUACGUGCUCUCUCUGACAACAGUAAGAUCAGUAUUGGAAUAGCCGGACCUGACAUAGCUGAGGAUGGUACGCCGGGGCGAUGGAUCAAUACAGUCGGAUACAGCAGUGAUGGCGUGUGUCGGACCUCACACAAUGAAACCGCAAAUACGUACGGUGUCAAGUACGGCAUAGGUGAUAUGUUUGGUGUUUUUGUCACCCAUUUUGGGAAGCAGAUGUCCACUGUGAUUUUUACAAAGAAUGGACAACCUGUGGCUACAAGGUAUCAUUUUGAACCUGACCAUAAAAAGUUUCUACCUACGAUCACCCUGGAGAAUGGCCCAAUUGAUCUUGGAAUAAUGUGGCCACAAGCAGUGAUGGCCAAGCCUCAGUUUUCAGAUAAAAAUAUGAUCCAGUGGAUGACCUCCCCUGAUGUGAUGUAUAAUAUGGCUGACAACAUGUUUGUCUUCACUCCGGAUGAUGCAUGCGACUCUUCAGGAACAGUACAGAGCCCCGUCCCACUCUGCCGUGAAUUUGAACACUUUGAAGUGGUUGUCCAGGAUGUGUCUGAGACAGGGGCGGGACCAGCAGUGGGUGUGGCAACCUGCAGUUUACUGAAACCGACGCCCACAUGUAAAGCAUUGGUCGAUUUUUUCCGACUGAUAGUUGAUGGAAAUAAUGUAAAGGUUUCCGUGGGAGAGCGGAUAGGAAUAGGGGUACACUAUCCAAAGAAAGAACGAGAAAACUCCCACUACAAUGACAAAACCCAGCAGCUGGUGCUCGUGUUUGUAACCGUAGACAGCACGAUAGGGUACGCCAAAAUCUUACUGCAGCCAGAGGGAGGGUUCUUCCCCAUCAUCGUCCUUAACAAAAACGGCGCCAAAGUAACUGUUGACGUGACAACCAGUCGUAAAAUUGAUGCUUACGAGAAUCUUGAUUCAAUGUUUGAAGAAAAUCUCGAGGAAGCCAAUUGUGUGAUGCUUAAUGACUCGCUAAAGAGGCAAAUGAGGUUAGAAAUGUUCAGGAGGUCUGAACAGUUGAAGGUUGAGGUGCAUGAGCAGACACCGAUCGUCGAUCCUAGCAAGCAGUAUUGUCGCAUUCGUCUGUUGAAAGAUGACAUGGGAAUUCACGUCAUACAAUUCAGGCAGCCAUUAACCAAGAUCAAUCCUUACUACUGCAUAGAGAUCAGGAAGCUCCAUGAGGACUCUGUGCUGACAAUAGGCCUGGCUGAUUCUAAAUUUCCCCUAAACAAACACCCAGGAAAACUUGCCAAUUCCACGGGGUACUGCUCGAGAGAUGGGAAUCUGUACUAUAACACACAGCAUGAAGGGCAUUUAUCAGGGGAGAGAUUCGGGGAAGGUGAUUUGGUUGGGUUGGAGGUUUUCGACUUUGGUAGAAAACAUCCUGUGGCUCUGUUUACUAAGAAUUUGCAUGGAGUGGACCGGCGCUAUGUCACGAUCCUAGACCAGGACCAGAUUCUGCCCACUGUGGCAGUUUGUGGCAAUGGCUACGAGGUGGAGAUCGACAUUUAUUGGCAAAACCAGUACUUACAAGGACCAAACUUUUGUGUGGAGAAUCUCCAGGACUGGUGUUACCCCCCGGAGGUAAUAGUGGACCGGACCAAUCGAAUAUUUACUGUCCCCGAACAUGAUAAACCCAUACUCAUUCAGUCACCACGUCCAUUUCAGCCGGAGUCAAAUCAUGACUUCUUUGAAGUGGAGAUCCUGGAUAAGUUUGGUAAAGAAGCUGAUGCCCCUCCCCCGGGGGUAGCCCUCUGCUCUCCCUGCCCCCAGGACAUUUCCCCAGAAAUUUCCUCAAAUUUCAGACUGGACUUUGUCAGGUUUCUUGCUAUCGAUGAUGCGGAGGCCAGCGUUUCAGUAGGAGACACCAUUGGCUGGGGUGUACUUUUCCCAAAAAGUGAACGGGACAAGUCUGAGGACCGCCUCAUCAUUUGUUACCUCUGUAUAAACCUGAAAGUUGCCUUAACACGGAUUAUCUACGAACCUCCCGGGGGGAUCUACCCACUUAUUCUUCUUCACAGUGGUGUGAACCGCGUGAAGCUUGGCAGAAUUAAUUACAUCCACACGCAUCCCAUCACCGCCCAGAUGGAGGAGGACUUUCUUAAGGAGGCAAAGGACCUCAUCGCCAAGGAGAAGCAGGUGAAGACAGAAGGAACCGACCCACAAGAAAUGGGCAUUGAUAAAAGUCUCUUUAAGUUGUUCCAGCAAGAAACGCAGGAAUCGAAACAAGAAAACAGGAAUUCCGCAAAAGUCGCUGGCAAUGUAGUAAUGGCAGCAAAUGCAUUCCAGCGUAAAAAGAAGUCGAUCAGCUGUGUGUUACUAUAGCGAUGACCUGUAUAGAUCAUUCUCUGUGUGCCAAUACAUAUGAUUAUAUUUUUACAGCAAGAAAGUGGACGUCAAGUGAUCGAUUUGCUGGUAUUAAUUAUUUUUAUUGGAUAAUGUAGAGGGAAUGUUGUACAGUUUAAUGCUUGAAUUAACAAAGCUGUUAUCGAAACAACAGGUUAUGUUACCACAGAGAUCAUGUGAUUGGGUGUAGAAGAUCAUGUGACUGCCAGGGUGUAGAAGAUUUAUAACAGACUUCCAAAUCAGCAUUAUUGUUGCUCAGAGGAACAGCACCUACAUAUAACACACCGGUGAUGUACAGUGUUAACGAACUUAGGCUUUCCUUUCAAUUCUGUGAUAUACUAGAUAUGUUGUUGAUAUAUACUGUUGAGAUUGAGGAUAAAAAUAUUUUUAUAGUAGACAUAA